UAAAAGCAUGAUUACAUGUAAUCAGGAAAUUUUUGUGGAUUUGACCAGUUGAGGUUUUCUUUUAUCAAAGUGUUUGAUAAUUAACAAAUUUUCCUUAUAGAAGAAGACUGAAUUCGUAGUGGAUUUUAAUCUAUUAUACAUUAACUAUUAUAUAUACUUAUAUAUAUUACUGAAAACUUGCGGACAAAUUGAAAUGUAAACUGUCUAUUAUCUAAUAAUACAUGGGAAAUAUUAAAAAACAAAUUAUAAUAUUCGAUUUACAAUUUGGUUACACCCAAAUUACAUUGAUACAACUAUAAUUGAGGGAAAUUCAAUUCAAAAUAAUGUUUGUUUAUUCGAAAUGAACUUGAUAAUUGAACAAUUAUAUAAAAUAAGAAAAUUGUAAAUUUUAGAAAAAGAAAGAGGAGAAGAAUUCAGAGUAACCAUCACCACCCACCCACCCACCCACCCACCACCACCACCACAACAACAACAAAACAACAGGAAUUAAAAAAAAACACACGAUUACUUCAAAUGUAAUAAAUCAAUUGAAUAUGGAUUAUUUACAGAAUUCAUUUAUCAAAAAAACACAAUUACAUUUUUAUCAUCAAUAUAUACUACUUAUUAUGAUGAUGACAUUACUUAAUAUUCAAUUAUCCUAUCAAUUAGAUGAUAAUACAAUAUGUCCAAAACAAUGUAUAUGUAGUUCCAAACGUAUGAAUUGUGAAUUAUCCGGUUUAAAUUAUUUACCAAUACCACCGCCAAUAUUACAAUUAGAAUAUUUAUUAAUACAAAAUCAAACUUUUAUGAAUACAGAAUUAGGACCAAAUGAAUUAUCUAUUUAUCGUAGUAUUGAAUAUGGUGGUCAAAUUCAAUUAAAAAGUUUACAUAUACGUUAUUGUAAUAUAAUUAGUUUAAAACGGAAUACAUUUCAAAUAUUAGGUAAACAAUUACGUUUAUUAGAUUUAACUGGGAAUCCAUUAAUACAUAUUGAAGAUUAUACAUUUAAUGGUUUAGAUCAAUUAACUUUAAUUAUGGAUGAAAUUAAAUUACGUAAUUUUCAAUUGAAUACAUUUAAUGGUUUAACUUCAAUGAAAAGUUUAAUUAUACGUAAUUCUAAUUUAAAUGAAUUACCAUAUCAAUCAUUAAUACAAUUAAUCACUAUGAGUAAAUUAAAUCAGCUAAUUAUUAAUGGGAAUCAAUUAAAACAAUUGGAUAAGAAAUAUGAUGUCAUCUUUAAAGAGUUGCAACAUUUUGAAAUUCAUGAUAAUCCAUGGCAUUGUGAUUGUCAAUUAAAUUGGCUUAUAAAACGUUAUCAAUCUAUGCAUAAAUCUCAUAGAAAUAAUACAAUAGAAAACAAUAAUAAUAAUAAGAAGAAUAAGUGGAAUCAUAAUGAUGAAGAAGAUGAUAAUCAACCAAAAUGUUCAACUCCAUUCUCUUUAGCUGGUUAUAAAUUUAAUGAUUUAAUUACUGAUUUAUCAGAGGUUUAUGAUUAUAAUAAUCCAGUGAUAAAUACAUGGGAAAAAUCCAAUUCACCAUUUAUUCUUUAUUGUACACCACCACAACUUGAACGUCUUGAUGUUGAUUUAACUCAUCUUUAUCAAAUGGAAAAUUCUAUGAUAAAGAACUCAGAUCAUCAACAAUAUCCUUCCGUUCGAUUAACAUGUUCAAUGAAAGGAUCUAGAGAAUUAUCAAUCACAUGGUAUUAUCAUAAUCAUAAUAAUAAUACUAUGACUUUAGUUAAUCUAUCCAAUCAUCAUAUCACACAUAGAUAUCCAAAUAAUAAACAAAUUUCUUAUACGAAUAAUGAUAUUAUUAAAGUAGAAAGUCAACUAGAUAUUAUAAAACAACAACAAAUUGACAAGUAUUCAUGUAUUGGAAUUGAUAUAAUUAGUAAUGUCACAGCAACUAUACAAUUACAAUGGCCAUUAUUAAAAAUCGAUAAUCAAUUAUCAUUAUCUGCAUAUAAUGAAAGUAAAUUAAAUUAUUUAAAUAAUUGGUCUACUAAUACUACUACUACUAGUAGUAGUAGUACUGCUACUACUAUAUCAUCAUUAUCUUAUACAAAUUCAAUGUUACAUAUAAAACAAUUUAGUUUAGGUGAAUUAAUAGCAGCUACAGCGGGUACAUUUUUAUCAACUGUUUUAUUAUUUUUUAUUAUAUAUCAAACAUUUCAUUGUAGAUUAACAUCAUGUGAUCAACGUAAAUUAUAUAGACCGCAUAAAACAGAUCAUAGUAGUAUUUUAGAAGUGCCUAAUCUAUCACCUGAUGGUGGUGGUAUAUCAUCAUUAAAUACAUUAUGUAAUAUAUCCAGACCAAAUACAAUUACAACGACGACGACGACAACUACCAGUACUACUAGUACUACUACAAUAACAACCACUACUACUAAUAAUAGUAAUAAUAGUAGUAGUAAUAGUUCUGUAGAAACAAAUCUACUACAAAAUUCAAUAACAAAUUGUCCUAUAAAUCAAUUAAAUUCUGAAUCUAUUUCAUUAACAACUAAUUUAUUAAAUACACAACAAUUUUUAAAUGGAUUAUCUGGUUUUAAUCAUGGUACAUUACCUGUAAAUAUAAGACAACAAACUAUUCAAACAGAAUUAGGUAGAUGUAUUCAACCAACAUCAAAUAGUACAAUAGGUGAUGGAAGUUUAAAUUCAAUGUCUUAUGAACCAAUAUCUUAUUCAGAUACAAAUAAUGUAACAUAUGAUGUACCAUGGAUAGUUAAUACUAAUACAAAUGAUCAUAAUAUAAAUCAUCAUAAAUUGAUAAAUAUGAAUCAAAGAAUAACAAAUGAACAAUGUAUACCAUUAUUAUAUAAUGGAUUACCUACAAAUCUAUCUAAUCCUAUUGAAUCAAAUUCUAAUAAUCUUAUACAUAAUGGUUUAUUUAUUCCACCACCACCAUCUAUUCCACAACCAUCAUUACCAAAUUCAUGUACAAAUUCAACAUUAUCAUUAAAAACUGUUACUAUUCAACCAAAUAUUCAAUCGAAUUUACUUUUUUUACAAUCUGGCUGUUAUCCACAAUUAAUGAAUUCUGUAACAACAAAUUCACAAUUUAAUCAGGGAUCUAUUGGUUUAACAAAUUAUUUAAAUUAUCAUUCAUAAUUUGAUAGAUUGUUGUUUAUUUAUUUGUUUGUUUGUUUUCCUUUCUCUUUCUGUUCAGUUGUUGGUUUCAAUUGUUGUUUACUUCUGUUUUUCUUCCAUUUUUGUCUUAAAGUGAGCAUGUUCUUUUGAAUCUAAUGUGAUUGUUUACUCUUAUGAUUGGUACUUUUAAUAUGUUCAAUAUCAAAUUAUUUAAUCUUUCAUUAGUAAUAAGAUUACAUAAUAUGAAUGAUUUAAGCAAUCCAUUACAUAAUCACAGUAUAAUGCUGUUUAAGAAUGAACAAUUUCUGUAAAUGUUUCUAAUUUUUUCGGGGGGGGGUUUGUUUUCUAGAAAAGAAAUAAAGAUAAACAAUUAGUAUUACCCAUCACACUAUGGGUAUGUUUCAUAAAUCAAUAAAAAAAAUCAAUAAAAUUGUGCAUUUUAUUUAUUCACAUUUUUGUGUAUACAUUAAAAUCAGAUUCUCUUAUUAUUAUAAACAUUAAAAUACUACUUAUAUAAAGAAAAUACACUAUUAUUAUAAUAAUAAAGUUUUGUUCUUUGAGCUGGAUGGUUUAAUCAUGGAAUUUUCAUUGUUCUUUUGAAUGACAUCAUCAUCACCAUCAACAGCAACAGCAGCACAAACUUCUACUCUAUUUCAUCUCAGAGAAUUAAAACUUCAUCGAAAACUUCAUACAUCUAAGUUGAGUUACAAUUCUUUUCUAUCAUCUAUCUUACAAUAUUAUAUGAACAAGUAAUUGAGAAUUUAUUCUCGUUUUGUUUUCUUCUUUUCAAUUAUGUAAUGUAUAUGUCUUUAAAAUGAUCUUAUGCUUAAAUUGAUAUAACUAAUGACAAUAUUAUAUAUGAGAUAUAUAAAAGUGGCUGUGUUUUUAUCAUUAUAACAUUAUAAUUAUUAUUCUUGGUAGUUCUUUUUUUGGGUGUGUGUGUGUGUAUUUUUUGUGUUUGUUUUUGGAUUGUUAUCACGGCAUGUACAUUUAUAAAUGUAACUGUAUACAUAUGAUAUUUGUUAAGUGAUAAAUUUAUUCAAUACUAUUAUUAUUAUUAUUAUUAUUACCACUACUACUGUUUGUAUUUAUUUCCAUUAUAUUCGUGAUAAGUUUGUAUUCUUCGUUUUCUUCAAACAUGAGAACAUGCACAUAUGGUAUACAUAUAUACAUACGCCUGUUACCCCUCGUGAAGGAGCAUAGGCCGAUCAUCAGCACUGUUAUAUAUAUAAAUAUGUCAGUGCUUGGUUAUAUAUUCUAUGAUUUGUUGUUUGAUGAUUUUCUUCAGUUAUUCUGAUUUUUCUUGAAACAAAAUAUCAAAACAAUGAACAUUAACUUGUAUUUAUGUAUUUAAUAAGUAAAAUAAAGUGAAAUUGAGAAAAAAAAGUCCCGAGUAAUUUCUUUUUUAAAACAAGGAAACAACAUCUGUGUUUUUAGAAGUUUAUUCCAAGAGGAUGAUGGUAAAUCAGUUGAU